GUGCUAAGGACAGCAUUUACAGAGCGGAAAUCUUGUCUUCCAGACUCGGCCUUUUGAUGGAGAGCUUGGGCUUAGCGGAUUUGAGAGCGAUGGCAAUGCCAUUUCAUAGUCAAGCCCGUAGGUGCCAUGACUCAGCAGCCCCAGGAGGGCUUCGAGGGCAGCGUGGAGGACGCCUGGGAGUGGAUGAAGGCGGUGCAGGAGCGGCUGCAGAUCAAUGACAACACCCAGGGGCCCCGGGCCGCCCUGGAGGCCCGGCUGCGGGAGACCGAGAAAAUAUGCCAGCUGGAGCCGGAGGGGCGCGUGAAGGUGGACCUGGUGCUGCAGGCGGCCGAGGCGCGCCUGGCCGGCUGCCCCGAGGACCAGAAGCCCGCGGUCCUGGCGCGGCUAAGGGACAUCAAGGCCCAGUGGGAGGAGACGGUCACCUACAUGAUUCACUGUCACAGCCGCAUCGAGUGGGUGUGGCUGCACUGGAGCGAGUACCUCCUGGCCCGAGACGAGUUCUACCGCUGGUUCCAGAAGAUGACGGUGACGCUGGCGCCGCCCGUGGAGCUGCAGCUGGGCCUGAAGGAGAAGCAGUGGCAGCUGGGCCAGGCCCAGGUGCUGCUGCAGGACGUGAGCCACCAGGCCGUGCUCCUGGACCGGCUGCUGGAGGAGGCGGCCUCCCUGUUCCACAGGAUCGGGGACCCCAGCGUGGACGAGGACGCCCAGAGGACGAUGAAGGCCGAGUACGAGGCCGUGAAGGCUAGAGCCCAGGAACGAGUGGACCUGCUGGAGCAGGUGACCCAGGAGCACGAGCGCUUCCAGGCGGACAUGGACGAGCUGCAGCUGUGGCUGCAGGUGGUGGUGGCGAAGAUGAAUGGCUGCGUGGGGCGGAGCUGCUCACUGCCCGCCGGCCGCCGGCUCUCGGCACUGCAGGACAUCGCCAAGGACGUCCCCAGGGGCGAGGAGUCUCUGAGGCGGCUGGAGGCGCAGGCGGUGGGGGUCAUCCGGAACACCUCUCCGCUGGGUGCGGAGAAGAUCACCCGAGAACUGGAGGAGACGCGGAGCGUCCUGGAGAAGCUCUGUGGCCUCCGUGAGGAGGAGGAGGGGCGGCUGCGGGGGCUGCUGGAGUCCACGGGCGCCUUUGAGCAGCAGAGGGCACAGCUGGAGGCCGAGCUGGGAGAGUUCCGGAAGGGCCUGCGGCGGCUGGCGGAGGAGGGCCUGCACCCCGCGGCGAAGGCGGGCACCGAGGACGAGCUGGUGGCCCGCUGGAGACUCUACUCGGCGACACGGGCAGCGCUGGCCACAGAGGAGCCCCGGGUGGACCGGCUGCAGGCCCAGCUGAGGGAGCUCAUCGCCUUCCCCCACGACCUGCAGCAGCUCCCUGACAGCGUCGUCGAGGCCAUCCAGGAGUUCCAGAGCAUGAAAGGGCAGAGCGCCCGGCUGCGCAAUGCCGCGGGCGUGGAGCUGUGGCGGCGUUUCCAGCGGCCUCUGCAGGACCUGCAGCUGUGGCGGGAGCUGGCCCAGCGGCUCCUGGACGUCACGGCCAGCCUGCCCGACCUGCCCUCCAUCCACACCUUCCUGCCGCAGAUCGAG